AUGUCAUCUAUUAACAAUAUUAAUUACCAAAAUACUUUAAACGUACAAAUUCCAUUUCCUAUUAACAACCAAAAUACUUUAAAAACAAUAAAAAUUCCAUUUCCACCAUCUAUCAAAGAAGAUGAGAUCAUACAAUUACAUUUAAAAAAUGGAAUCAGAAGCGCUAAUCGAACUAUGAACGCGUUUAUGAUAUAUCGAAAAGAAUUUAAUAAUAUAGUAACAAAUUAUAAUCUUGAACUUAAAGAUAUAUCGUUAUAUGCUAGCAUUUCUUGGAAAAACGAACCACAGCAUGUGAAAAAAUUUUACGUACAAUUAGCUGAAAAAGUUAAAGAACUUUUCAAAGAAAAGGUUCCUUCUCUUUGUUUCAUUCAUAGUACAAAUGAUAAUAAUGUCUCUUUGGACACCUUUAAUUCUCAUCUUGAUAAUCAAAAUUUCCCCUCCCUAUAUGAUGCCUACUCUAAUUAUCAAAUUUUUAAUAUAAACAAUAUUGUUUAUGAUGAUUUUGAAAAUUUUUUUCGUGUAUAUAUGAAUAUGGAUGAUGAUAAAUUUAUGAAUUAUCUUUCCGAAGACCUGGCUUUAACUUAUAGAGCAAUUGUUCAAUCAUUACCAUAA